CCUAAGGACUUAGCAGUAAGCAUGUCUUUCGAUCCCGUUUCAUUCGCAAAGGAUUUCGUCGCCGGUGGCGUCGCCGCGGCCAUCUCCAAGACGGCCGUCGCGCCCAUCGAGCGGGUCAAGCUUCUGCUGCAGGUGCAACAUGCCUCCCAACAAAUCACCGAAGCCCAGCGAUACAAAGGCAUGAUCGACUGCUUUGUCCGCAUCCCCAAAGAGCAGGGCUUCCUCAGCUUCUGGCGUGGCAACAUGGCAAACGUGAUCAGAUACUUCCCCACCCAGGCACUCAACUUCGCCUUCAAGGACAAGUACAAGCAGAUCUUCCUCGGGGGUGUCGACAAGAAGACCCAGUUCUGGCGUUACUUCGCCGGCAACCUGGCCUCCGGAGGUGCGGCCGGUGCCACAUCCCUGUGCUUCGUCUACCCGCUGGACUUUGCCCGAACCCGCCUGGCUGCCGACAUUGGCAAGGGUGCUGGACAGAGGGAAUUCAGUGGGCUUGGCAACUGCCUCGCCAAGAUCUUUAAGUCCGAUGGCCUUGCAGGUCUGUACCGUGGCUUCAACGUGUCUGUCCAGGGCAUCAUCAUCUAUCGGGCGGCCUACUUUGGCUUCUUCGACACCGCCAAGGGCAUGCUUCCAGACCCUAAGAACACUCCCAUCGUCAUUUCGUGGCUCAUUGCACAGACUGUGACCACAGUGGCAGGCAUCAUGUCAUAUCCAUUCGACACUGUCCGGAGGAGGAUGAUGAUGCAAAGUGGCCGGGCAAAGGGCGACCUAAUGUACAAGAACACCAUUCACUGCUGGGGCAAGAUCUACAAGACGGAAGGAGGCGCUGCUUUCUUCAAGGGAGCCUUCUCCAAUGUCAUCCGAGGCACCGGAGGCGCACUUGUGCUGGUCCUGUACGACGAAAUCAAGGCCUUCAUCUUCUAGGGACCUCGCACUAUGCGCAUAAAAAAAAAGGCAAAGUUGGACUCCUGAGAGCAAACAAAGUGGUAACACAAGCUUUGCUGAGGCUUCAAUGCCUGCCUCCCCC